UGACCGUAGGCUACGUCGCCUGCCCCGCCGUGCCACUGGGGGUCUCUGAGAGGGUUGCGUGGCCUAUAUGCCACUCACAGGGGUACCCCAGUCACUUUGUAGGGGGAUUACUCCUCUGUUGGUCCUGAUGGCCGCUACACAACGACCUUUCUCAGGCCUUGAUCCUGAAGGUGCCCCCCCCAUGCCCAUCCCAUGACUUCUGUAGUGCUCAGCUAUCUUUUGUAUGUAAUGUCAGACAGUCUGUUCCUCCAGGAGCAUUCGGUGCCCCUUAACAGUGGGGUCUUCUUGUUUCAUUCCAUCACCAGUAAAGAUGCCCAACUAGAUGCCAGGUUGGCCAAUCCCCCAGCAGCGGCAACUGGGUAAACCAGUUGUUCCCUCCACUAUUGUGUGAGGGUCUCUCUUCCAUCUUGAAAGGUUGAGGUGGCUUCAACCAGAGUAGUCAUGGUAACAAGAACAGGCCAUGUCCCCUAAACAGCCAUAUUGGCACUAACUGUCCUCUUCUUGACAGUCGGUUGCCUCUUGCACAUUGGCGCCCAACCUUAUUGUUUCACUGGCUGUGAUGAAGAAUCGCUUGACCUUCUUGACCACAGAUGGUCCAUGAUAAUCCUCUCGGCAUCGGCCAUAGCUGUAGACCCAUCCGGGGGUCCAUUGGUUACCAUAUCCCACAGACUUUGAGAGUAACACCAGGCUUGUCAAGAGUCUGAGAGCAAAACUACCAACAUGCCAUUCACCAGCAACAACCCACAGAUGCCUCUGUCCGAUAUGAAGAAGCCCAUCGACGACCCUCCUGUAAAGAUCCCAUUGGAUGAUCUUCCCAUUGACGCCCCCUACAUGUUAUCCAUGAACUUGGCUCCACAUGAAGACGUCCAUGAAGAAAUCGAUCCUUGGGCUCUACCAGAACUUCAACCUUCCGGUCCGUCCUGGAGAGAGUUGAACACCAAGCAACGGGUGAAGCGGGUCGUGUUUGGGGUGGUGAAGGCCUGCCUCCUCAUCGGGUUCCUCUACCUGUUCAUCUGCUCCUUGGAUGUCCUGAGCUCUGCGUUCCAGCUGGUCGGAAGUAAACUCACCGGAGACAUCUUCAGUGACAAUGAUGUUCUUGCCAAUCCCAUCGCCGGCUUGGUGAUCGGUGUUCUGCUGACCAUCCUGGUGCAGAGCUCAAGUACCUCGUCUUCCAUCAUCGUCAGCAUGGUGUCCUCUGGAAUUCUGAAUGUCAGAGCUUCCAUUCCCAUUAUCAUGGGGGUCAACGUGGGAACAUCAGUGACCAGCACCUUGGUGUCCUUGGCCCAAUCCGGGGACCGUAAUGAGUUUAGAAGGGCGUUCGGUGGUUCUGCGGUACAUGGAAUGUUCAACUGGUUGACGGUCAUCAUUCUGCUGCCCAUCGAGCUCGGGUCAGGAUAUCUCUUCCAUGUCUCCAACGCCAUUAUCAAGAGUUUUAACAUCCAUGCAGGAGGAGAUGCCCCCGAUAUCCUUAAAGUCAUCACCAGACCCUUUACCGAUCUCAUCAUCAAGUUAGACAGCUCAGUCAUUGCUGGAAACGCCAUUGGAGAUCCAGAAUAUGCAAAUACGAGCCUCAUCAAGAGAUGGUGCGUCACCAACAAGAUAAACGUGACAGAGUACAUCCCGGCCACAAAUCUGACUAACUGCAGCGUCGUCACCUGUUUUACCAACGCGAGCGGAACCUUCAUAGAAAAUACAUUCAUCAUUAAAGAGAACGUGGAGAGAUGCGUCCAUAUUUUUGCCCAUGCCCAGCUCUCGGACAUAGCGGCGGGCCUGAUCCUCCUGACCGCCUCGCUGCUGGUCCUCUGCACGUGUCUCAUCCUCAUCGUCAAACUUCUCAACUCUGUCCUGAAGGGCCAGAUCGCUCAAGUCAUCAAGAAGAUCAUAAACGCAGACUUUCCGUUCCCGUUCAGCUGGCUCAGCGGAUAUUUGGCGAUCUUUGUUGGCGCUGUCAUGACCUUUGUGGUCCAGAGCAGUUCGGUCUUUACCUCAGCCAUUGUGCCCUUAAUGGGUGUUGGCGUCAUAACCAUGAACAGGGCGUACCCCUUAUUCCUGGGAUCUAAUAUUGGGACCACCACAACAGCAGUGUUAGCGGCCUUGGCCAGCCCAGCAGAGUCCCUGAGUGAAUCAGUGCAGGUGGCAUUCAUCCACUUGUUCUUCAACCUCUCCGGCAUUGUGCUCUGGUACGUCGUUCCUUACUUCCGUCUUCCGAUCCACGUGGCCAAGAAGUUUGGAGACAUCACCGCCAAGUACCGCUGGUUUGCCGUCCUGUACCUGCUGGUCAGCUUCAUCUUCCUACCCUUGGGCGUGUUCGGUCUGUCCAUGGCGGGAUGGAUCGUCCUAGCAGCCGUAGGGGGUCCCCUCCUCUUGUUGUUCAUCGCCGUCAUCAUCAUCAACCUACUUCAGAAGAGGUUUCCCAAGAUCCUCCCUCCGUUCCUGAAGGACUGGGACUUCCUUCCCAUCUGGUUGCACUCCUUGGCCCCCUGGGACCGGCUCCUCUAUAAGAUGUGCGGCUGCUGUUGUAAAAAAUGUUCCCAUGACGACGACGACGAAGAAAAACCCAAAGAUCUCCUUCCUGUGGACGGCCCGUUCCCCGAGACUCAUUGCUACGACAAUCCAGACUUUGUACAAUCCCAAGGUCUAUGAGGGUGGUCCGAAAAACUACCCCCAUUCCCCCUCAAUGGACUAACCAGAACCGCUCUGGACUCAAAAUUCCUGAAUUAUUUAUAUCAAAGAAAAAUAUUUUUUGUAUUUUGUUAAAAUUCUGCUUUUUGUACAGAGAUAUGAGCUCAGCUCCGAGGUAUCAUGCAGCCGGCCCACAUUAAAGGGGUACUCCGGUGGAAAACUUUUUUUUUCUUUUUUAAAUCAACUGG